UUUUGUCAAAGCCAAAAGUAUAUAUAUCUUACAAAAAUGUCGGAUAAACAUUACCAGGAUAUUGAUUAAAUCUAAAUUUUAAACUUUGAGCUUACGUUAUCAUUUUCAGCGUUUCACAAUACGCAAUACGAAUAAUUAUCCUGAAAAAAAACAUAUACAAACUCUAUUUAUAACCAUGGCAAAACACAACCACUUGGGCUACAUAUUCCUUGCAGUAAUACUAUCUGCAAUAUUCACGGCUGCAGCUGUGACUUCCAGUGAAAAUGAGGAUGAAUAUUUAACACAGAGAGAAAUCAUAUUAGAGGAAUCGUAUCAUGGCUUAAUUCGUGAAAAUGAGACCUUUGUGGAAAUAACGCCAUUGAUCAAAGUUGACGAAGAAAAGAUAUGCAACUUUCACAUUAUUAAGAAACCAUAUCAUGAGAUACCAUUUGAAAUUGAAUUGGUUAAUAACUUGGGUAUUUUAAAGGCGCGCCGCACAUUAAAUUGUGAAAAGCGUAAAAGUUAUCAUUUUGAAAUCGUUGCGAUAUAUUGCGAUGGAACGCCUUCGAAUACGGCGAAUGUUCAUAUCACUGUUAUUGAUAUUAAUGAGUAUGCUCCGACCUUCCUAGAGCCCUCUUACGUAACGGAAGUGGACGAGGGACGUCUCUACAAUGAAAUCUUGAGGGUCGAGGCAACAGACAAGGAUUGCACUCCACUUUUUGGCGACGUUUGCAAGUAUGAAAUACUGAACAACGAUGAACCAUUCGCGAUCGAUAACGAGGGAUCGAUCAAAAACACUGAACCGCUAUCCCAUCGAGCAUCGCAUAAUCACAUAUUGUCGGUUGUGGCCUAUGAUUGUGCGAUGAAGGAGUCUGCGGCAAUUAUGGUCAGCAUUAAAGUGCGUCGUGUGUGCGAGGCAAAGUUCUUGGGAAUGCCGGAACGCAUCGAUUAUACGUCAGGGAGCACUGAAAGUCUUCAAUUAUUUCCAAAUGCUCGCCUGGACUUGUGUGAUGCUGCGUGCAGCCAUCAGGACUUGAAUAUUCGUGCAUCGAUAGCUCUGAAGACCAAACACAUCUCAUUUGGAUGCGAUCGCGACAUCUCAAAUUGCACUUCGCGACAGAUAAUGAAGGACCUCUUGCCGCGUAAUGCCGAAUGGACAAAGGUUUUGAACUAUGACGAAGGUGUAGAACCCAUAUUUCAUUUCGAUGGCUCCACUGGGGUAGUGAUACCUGACACAGUUAUCGAUCAUUAUGACUUUUCGACGCAUCCGUUUAGUAUAUUGACAGUAUUUCGACAUCACAAUAUACAGGGGUCAAAUUCAGAAAAUAAGCAUGUUAAGGAACAUAUUUUGUGCAGUGCCGAUGACCACAAAAUGAAUCGUCAUCAUAUGGCACUAUUUGUUCGCAACUGUCGAUUAAUUCUAUUAUUACGGAAAAACUUUAACGAAGGCGAUCUGAAUAUCUUUAGCCCAGCGGAGUGGAGAUGGAAAAUUCCAGAAGUUUGUGACAACGAAUGGCAUCAUUAUGUGGUAAAUGUCGAAGAUUUAUCGAAAGUGGAACUGUUCAUCGAUGGCGUACGAUUUGAGAAUUCCGUUGAGGACCGUCACAGUAAUCCGGAGGUAAUCGACGACUGGCCAUUGCAUGCCGCCCAUGGUGUGAACACCUCAUUGGCCAUCGGUGCUUGUUAUCAGAGUUUAGAGAACCGCUUAAAACAUGGCUUCAAUGGUGACAUUUCCGAGGUGAAGGUAACUCUCGAUGGUUUUCUAACACCUGAUGAUAUCAAAUGUGGAACUCUUUGUGCGGAACAUUUGCUAUCACCCAAAGAAAAUAAUGAAAAUGCCAUCCAGGCCAACGGUCAAAUGAACGAAAUAUCCAUUGAGGCCAAAACAAAACAUGAAAUUGAGCAAAUAAUGCGUAAAAUUCAAUAUAUUAACAUAAAAAAGAACCCAACCAUAGGACGCCGUAAUAUUGAAGUUCGCACGGAUUUGACUUGUAAUAAUCAAAGUUAUUCGCUUCGCUUGCCGCCAAUCGAGACGUAUAUAAUGGUCAAUAAACCCACAACUCCAGUUGGUCUAGAUAUCGAUGUUGGCUCCUCAUCCUUAUCGCUGGAUAGCUCAUCCGAUCAAGACCCAGCAGUGGAUUCAACCAAAAUAAUAAUAUCUGGAACAUCAAAUAAAUUGGUAUCCUAUCAAGAAAUAAAGCUGGGAGUACACAUUUUGGACAAAAUCUAUAUCGAAUCGCUGCUCAGAAAGAGCGAAAAAAUGGAAAAUGGACCAAAUCUAAAUCAAAAUUUGGACUCGUGUAGCGUGGUGGUAUUUCCAUCCCUGAAUCCGGAUCAUGAAGAUAUACAAAUUGAUGGCGAUGAGUCGCUAUCCUCAACAAUGGACAUUAAAACGAACAUCAAUAAAGAUGGAGUUGAAAUGCUGGGCAAGGACACUAUUCACAGCUACUUAAACGUGCUACGAUCCCUCGUUUAUAGUAAAAAGCCGGCUUACUAUCUGAACCGAGUAUUUAAGCUUUCAUGUGUCCAGCUUAGUUCACAGUUUAAACGCGCGGAAUAUACACUAACACUUACUGUAUUGCAUCCAAAACAAACACUGUUUAGAUCAACGUCCAGUCUGCAAUCAUCUUCUUCACCUUUAACUAACCAGAAUACUGGUGGUAAUAACAACAUUGAAAGCUCUUACCACCCUAACAGUGGUCUGAACAGUGACAGUGACAAUAAUCAACAGACAGAUUCCAAGGUCUAUUCAUAUUCCCUAUUACAUACGAACGACGUCCAAGAACCGAAAUCUCAUGUUCACUCCUUCGUACAUAGAGCUGAAGGCUCUCAUCUUACGAUGCUUAUAGUACUUGUUAGUGUCUUUUUGGCCGUACUUUUGUGUGGAGUUUCGAUCGCUCGCUUGAAAAAUAAUCAAAAAUACACUGAUCGUCACCAGCCAAGUCCGAAAAUUGUGGAUGAUGGAUUAAUUUGGGAUGACUCGGCGUUAACUAUAACCAUAAAUCCAAUGCAAACCGAUGCUGGAUGUGAGGAUAGUUCAGAGUCUGAAAAUUCCGACUCGGACGAUGAAGAAACUUUAAAGGAUGGUUUUGCUCACAUCAAUCAACUUGAAUGGGAUAAUACCAAUAUUUUUCAGCAGUAAAUUGUCUCGAAAUCUUUUCUCACACACAAACGGAAACUUACAAAAAUAUAUGUAAAUGUAAUUUUAAAAAUAUAUAUAUCACAUCUACUAAUUUAACAGGUUAUUCCGCAACAACAACAUAAAAUAAAAUCAGUUAUCCAUGCAAACACAUAGAAACAUACAUAUACAAUAUAAAUUGUAAAGAAGCGCAUUUAUAUAGUUAUGUAUGCUUAAGGUUUGCAAUUAUGUAUGGAUUGUAAAAACUAAGUCAGUGCGGUAAUUGCGCCAUUUAUGUUCAUCAUAAAACUGUGACAGGGCCUACUAGGAUAAACAGUGUGGCGAGAUAUAGUUUAUCUGUAUUGACAUAGUUACAUGGUCAUACUUAGUGCAACGCACACACAAAGUAAUAGCUAAGGUAUAGUACAAUUACUAUUAUAUAUGUAUGAAUAACCGGAAAUCGCUAGAUGGAUAAUAAAAAAGCGUAGGAACACAAAAUGAUUUACUACGUGCGUAAGACCUUGAUUCAUUUUUUCUCUCUCAUAUGCAAGAACGUGUCUGAACAUGUUCGACGAAUAAUAAAAAACUCACUACUGCAUUCUACCGCUUUAUUGCAUAGAAGGAGGUUUCUCCGUCCCAAUAAUUUAAGCUUAAUAUUUAAUUAUUAAAAAAAUAUAUAUUUCGAAAUGGAAUCGAGAAGAGCCCAAAGUCAAUGAAGAUUAAAAAGAAAAGAAGCUGUAGUUUUUGAUUUCCCAUUUAUAAUUUUAUAUAAAUUUAAAAACAUAGAUUAAGACAACAUAUCGAAAUAAUGUGUAAAAUAAAGUUUUUUGUUGCUUUGCUUUUGUAAACUAAACAGUAAGUUACAUUUCUUAUUUAAAAACGGAAUACAUUUCUUUAUAAUAAUAUUAUAAUUUUUAAUAAAGUAAUAAUAAUUAUAUAUCUUAUUUUAUGGCACCUCAAUUUGUAUAUCAUUGUAGUAGAAGAGAUGUGCUUAUGUAUGUACAUACAUACAUACACAUGUACAUGAAAGAUUAUAAGGUUUGGCUAUAAGGAAUGUAAAAAUGUGCCAGUGGAAUUUGAAAUUUCCCUUAUCGGAAAAAUCAAGCCAACUAGGGUUUUCGUAACACUGCAAGGGUAUGCAAAAACUUUAUUUCGAAAUGUAGCUAUAAUUCUUUUUUAUUUUAAUUUAAAUUAAUAGUGAAAUUAAUU